CGAGCGUCUGUCUCUCUGUCUGUGGUUGCACGCUUUCCCUUGCCGGCAUCUAAAGGAACUUUCUGGAAAGAUUUUUCCUGUAUUGAAAUCACAAAUCCAUUCUUAUAUACAUAUAGUCCAUUAUGAGUGAGACGGAAGCAAUGGAAUGUAAGGAAAAUGAAUAUGUUCCUGGUCCUAAUGCUGUUGAUGUUUCACCUAAUCAUGAUGGUGGUGUGUUAAAGACUGUAAAUACUGCUGGUAUAGGUGAUGCUGGUCCAUCCAAAGGCGACAAAGUUAUUGUUCAUUACACGGGAAAACUAACAGAUGGCACGAAAUUCGACUCUAGUGUUGAUCGUGGUGAACCUUUUGAAUUUACUCUUGGAAAAGGUCAAGUCAUCAAAGCAUGGGAUAUCGGUGUUGCUACCAUGAAGAAAGGAGAGAAAAGUACAUUGUUUUGCCUUCCUGACUAUGCAUAUGGCCAAAAAGGGAGCCCUCCUAAUAUUCCCGAAAAUGCAACCUUAGUAUUUGAUGUUGAAUUAAUUGAUUGGAAAAUGGAGGAUCUUAGUCCUAAUAAUGAUGAAAGUAUCUUGAGGUCCCUAAUUAAAGAAGGACAAGGGUAUUUAACACCUAAUGAAGGAUCUGUAGUUGAAGUGCAUUAUGUUGGAAAAUUCCAAGACAAAGUGUUUGAAACACGAGAUGUCAAAUUUGUGAUUGGUGAACCAUUUGAAGAAAAUGUUAUUGAAGGUCUAGAUAUAGCUCUGCAAAAAUUUAAAAAAGGGGAAACGUCCAAAAUAAUUGUAGCUCCUAAAUAUGCAUUUGGUGACAAAGGAAAUCAAGAACUCAAUAUACCACCCAAUAGCACUGUUGAAUAUGAAGUUACUCUUGAAUCUUUUGAAAAGGAAAAGGAAUCUUGGAACAUGACAUCAGAAGAAAAACUUGAGCAAUCAGAAAUGGCAAAAAACAAAGGAACAAGUUAUUUUAAGAAUGAAAAAUAUGAAAUGGCUUCAAAAAAGUAUAAAAAAAUUGUUGAUUAUCUCCAAAAUGAGUCUGAAUUGACGGGAGAUCAAAAGGAUAAGAAACAAGCUCUACUGCUGGCAGGAUAUCUUAAUCUAGCUGCAUGUUUCUUAAAACUAGGAAAUCACCAAGAAGUCAUAGAGAAUUGUGAUAAAGCAUUGGAAAUAGAUUCCAAAAGUGUUAAAGGGCUCUUUAGGAAAGGACAGGCAUAUAUGGCUUUAAAGGAUGAUGAAGCUGCUAAAGAAGUUUUUACUGAAGUUCUAAAUGUUGACUCAUCUAAUAAAGCUGCACAAAAGAACCUAUAUGUUUGUAAUGAGAACAUUAAAAAACAACUUGCUAAAGAAAAGAAAAUGUACCAAGCUAUUUUCAAAAAAAUGGCUGAAGAAGGUUGUCAGGAUCCUGAAUCAAAUGCAGAAAAAGUCAGUACAGAAAACGGACAUGUAGAUAAGAUGGAAACAGAUGAUGAAAAGCAAGCUGCUGCUGCUGAAGCUGUACCAGUUUGAAAAAGUCCAAACAAAUUUGCUAGUGAACUCAUCCUAGAUUCAUAUUCAUAUUAUCUAUAUAUCUUGAAAACAUUGAUACUAUGUCAUUAAAAGCUUAACCUGUUUGACUUAUCUUGUAAUUUUUUUAAAAUCAUUAAGUUAUCAUUUUCAUGCAUUUCAUGUUUUGUUGCUUUUUACUA